UCGCGUUGGCGUUCGGCUCUGUUUCAAGUUAAUUGCGCAGCGUUGCACGGCUUGUCCGAUUCUGGGUUUCGCAUCACCACGUUUCACGCGUGCUGCUUUUCGUCCACCGAUGACGUUUCCUUCUCGUUCGGUGAUGGAUCGCGGCGGAGUGAUGGUGCGCGAUUGUAGACUCAACGUUCCGUCGCAAGCUUGUGCGUGUCGUUCUCUUCCCGAAAAGUGCCCGUGACUAGACGGAAAAACGCGCGCCGAGUGUCGAAGAAGGAACGCCAACGCUCCCUGCAACGUGCGAUGAGCAUUUGAAUUCGCCGAACUGGUAGCGGAUUGCUUGAAGCAGCAACGACAACAGGCAGGCUGACCGAGCUUUUAGGCCUAGCUUCGAGUACGGCGAGGAAUGAAGACUGUGACGAGCGGCAAGGGCGGCCCUCCUAUGAGUGGUGGCGACGAUGGCUUUGCGAGAAUCUUGGGCUACGUUCCCCUCCCUCCGGCACAGUGCGACCACUACUUAAGCGACGGCCCAUGUCGCGAGUGCGAGGUCCUGAGACGUUGCGGCGAGGUGUUGCGAGCGGCGCGCAAAUCAAACUGUCGUUAUCGCGUCCGUCCCGCACGCGGGAUUGGUUCCGCCCUGCAGAGCGACAGAGAAUGUCGUACGGCUGGUUUGCCAGAUUGGCGCAGGUUCCCGUCCUCAACUGUGGGUGCCAGCUCUCAUGCAACAGUCGACACUGCCGACCCACGGCUCUGUGCUGCCACACCCGGCAGCAUGAAGGGCCCCGCCUCGUACUUGCCCCCCAGUGCGGCCACCCGGGCAAGCAGCCUGAUGACGGGCCACCACGGGGCAGGAGGUGGGGCGGGGCCACCACCCUUACACUCGGGAGACUACUCAUCCAAGCUGCACCACGUAGCCCCGCCUCCACCUCCACCGCCACUCAUGGGCCCCGGCGGUGCUGCCGGAGGACCCGGCACGCAGUCAUAUCCCGUCCAUCCAGAUGUGCGUUUUAAGAGGCUGCCAUUCUACGACAUCCUGGCUGAACUCCACCGGCCUGCGAGUCUGAUGCCUAACAGCAACACAAGGUUUCAGGAGAACAGCUUCGUGUUUCACUUCACACCACAGCAAGUACAUGACAUAGUCUCUUCAAGGGACUACAACUUGGGAACAAAGCCAGAAUUCACUGUUCAAGUACAGCUCAGAUUCUGUCUGCUGGAAACAAGCUGUGAACAGGAUGACAACUAUCCUCCUAGUAUGUGCGUCAAGGUCAACUCUAAGGUGUGUCCACUGCCAAGCCCAAUACCCACCAACAAGCCUGGCAUGGAGCCCAAGCGACCAAGCCGACCGAUCAACAUUGUUUCCAUGUGCCGCCUCUCCCCUACUGUGUCUAACCACAUAUCUGUCACCUGGCUCUCCGAGUAUGGCCGGGCCUAUGCCUUGGGUGUGUACCUCGUGCGAAAGUUGACGGCAACAACUCUCCUCCAGCGGCUAAAGGCAACAGGCAUGAGGAACCCCGACCACACGCGAGCAAUGAUCAAAGAAAAGCUACAACACGACCCCGACUCUGAGAUUGCAACGACGAGUCUGCGUGGGUCCCUAAUCUGUCCGCUAGGCAAGAUGCGAAUGGGCAUUCCGUGCCGAGCGCUAACGUGUCCACACCUACAGUGCUUUGAUGCUUCGCUGUACUUGCAAAUGAAUGAAAAGAAGCCCACAUGGAUCUGCCCUGUCUGUGACCGGCCGGCCACCUUCUCAUCGUUGGUGAUAGACGGGCUAUUCAUGGAGAUUUCCAUGAAGGCACCCAGCGACUGCACUGAAGUUCAAUUCCAUGAAGAUGGUUCCUGGUCUCCUUUGGUGCCGAAGAAGGAGACCCAUGUUAUUAACAGUCCCAGUUCCUCUGCAACAGCAUCUACCUCUAGAAGUUCUGCCCCUUCAUCAUCAUCGAGGGAACCAACUGGGCGGCCCAACAAGAAGCCUCGUGUAGUGGUCAUAGACCUGACGGCGUGCAGCAGUGACGAGGAUGAUGAUGGUGGCCGCAGUUCGGUGCCCACGCCUGGUUCCCACUUGGGUGCCCCACCACCGCUGGUCUCUGGCAUUUCCUCAGGAGGACACUCUCAGGGAGGCCCUCCAUCAACUCCUCUCGGAGGUGCCCUGUCCCCGCCUCCCGGGUCUUCGCCACCUUCGUCUUCAUCGGGCGGUACAGCACCUCUCAUCUCUCUGCCUUCACCUUCGUCGUCUUCCUCGUCGUCCUCCUCUUCCUCUUCUUCGUUCUCGAGCAUUCUGGGCCCUGCAACAGGGCCUCCCCUGGGGCCCUCACCGUCUUCGUCUGUCGCCCCAACCGUGCCACACUCGGCCAGCGCAACGGGGGGCUCGUCUACAAUGCACUACUCAAGUCCUCCCCUGGGCCCCCUGGGCUCGGCCAGCAGUUCAAGCAGUCGCCUCUUGCCCUCCAGCGGACUUGUGGGCACUGC